CUUUUUUCUUUGAAAAGCUUCGAGAUCGACAAACAGAAAAGAGAAACUUCAGCACACUAUUGGACUCCUACGUCUCAAGGAAAAGUCACUGCUGUUUAGUAUCAUCCUACCAUAUCAUACGAGACGUCAUUCCAAUCUUCAAAGCUCAAUUGAGUACAAGAAACUCAUUUUGUCGCCAUCAUGGCCCCGCCACCAACCAACACAAGUUGGGACCAUGAAUACAAUACUCUGCGCCGAGAGAAGCUCUUCCAAAACCCCCCAACAGAUCACUCUGCAUACCCCCUAUUACAAGAGGCUGUGAACCCACAUAUCGAGUCCUUCGAUGCGCUAUUCGGAAACGAUGGAUUAAUUGCACGAGGCCUCGCCGACAUAGGCACCCGACUGUACCUAGAUGGUGAUGAUCGCGCUCCUCCAGCUGGAAAGAAUAAACUGAGAAUCAAGUAUAAGGCGAUACAUCUCCAGAAAUCGCAACUUCCUCCGACCAAUAAAUUCGCUGUUAAAAAUCGAGAAAUUCUUCCCGCAGAGUGCAGAGAACGACAUGUGACGUACCGGGGCAAAAUAUCUGUCACCAUUGAGUACAGAAUAAAUGACGGCGAUCCGAAGGAAUUUACUCGAGAAAUUGGUCAACUCCCAAUAAUGGUGAAGUCGAGCUAUUGUCAUCUCCGAGAUAAUAGCCCGGCACAGCUAGUCGCGCGCAAGGAAGAGUCGGAAGAACUAGGCGGCUACUUCAUCGUCAACGGUAUCGAAAAGAUAAUACGUCUUCUUUUGGUCAACCGAAGAAAUUUUCCCUUAGCAAUCAUUCGUCCGAGCUUCACUGGUCGCGGGCCUGCUUACACCCCUUAUGGUAUCAUUCUAAGAUCAGUGCGACCAGAUGAAACCUCACAAACAAAUGUCCUCCAUUACCUAAACGACGGCAAUGUCACCUUCCGUUUCUCCUGGCGCAAGAAUGAGUAUCUUGUCCCAGUUAUGAUGGUCCUAAAGGCCCUCGUGGAAACAAACGACAGAGAGAUAUUCGAAGGUCUAAUCGGGGCACCUGACUCGAAAGGUAUCAAGAAUACCUUUCUUACCGAUCGUGUUGAGCUCUUGCUUCGCACUUACAAAACCUAUGGAAUAUAUACGAUGGCACAGACCAGAUCAUAUCUGGGUGAGAAAUUCCGACCGGUUUUAGGCGUGCCCGAUACCUUGUCGCACUACGAAGCAGGAACCGAAUUCUUGCGAAGAAUUGUGCUCGUCCACCUUGGGAACAUGAACGUUACUGAACAGCAAGAUUCAGACAAAUUUCGCAUGCUUCUAUUUAUGAUUAGGAAGCUAUAUGCUUUAGUUGCUGGAGAUUGCGCUAUCGACAACCCUGACGCGGUCCAGAAUCAGGAGAUCCUCCUCGGCGGAUUUCUUUAUGGCAUGAUCAUAAAAGAGCGACUGGAUGAGCUACUUUCCGUGGGGGUUCGUGGCGCACUGCGGGAGUAUUUGAGGAAGUUUCCUGGGAGAACCUUUACUUCUGAGGAGUUUUCGAAGGAUUUCCCUAUAAAGAUAUUCCAAAAGACGAACGAAAAUGUCGGCAAUGCCUUGGAGUACUUCAUGUCAACAGGUAAUUUAUCAAGUCCUUCCGGUCUGGAUCUACAGCAGGUAUCAGGUUUCACUGUGGUCGCCGAGAAGCUCAACUUUCUCCGUUUCAUAAGCCACUUCCGAAUGGUUCACCGAGGAAGCUUUUUUGCCCAGCUGAAGACUACCACAGUUCGAAAGUUAUUGCCCGAGUCUUGGGGUUUUCUUUGUCCUGUACACACUCCCGAUGGUUCUCCCUGUGGCUUGCUAAAUCAUCUUGCGCACAAGUGCAAGAUUAUGACUAAGUCCCACAAUGUAUCGGCAAUUCCACAGCUAGCUGCAGAACUCGGUGUCGUUGAUACUUCAUCUGCCGCCACAGAUGAAAGUGUUGUUGUUAUGUUGAAUGGACGGAUCUUGGGUUGGUGCCAUCCUUCCCAGUCGCGCAGAAUCGCAGACACGUUCCGAUACUGGAAAGUUGAGGGGUCUCACGGCAUUCCAAUACAUCUCGAGAUCGGCCAUGUGCCAUCAUCCAAUGGAGGCUCUUACCCCGGUAUAUACAUGUCUUCUGACCCUGCCAGAAUGGUAAGACCAACAAAGUAUCUUCCGCUGGAGAAGGAGGACUUCGUUGGCUCCCUCGAGCAGCCGUACAUGUCUAUUGCCUGUACGGAACAAGAGAUUGUCUCGGGAGAGUCGACGCAUGUUGAAUUCGAUCCUACGAACAUCCUUUCGAUAUUAGCAAACAUGACUCCGUUUUCGGAUUUCAACCAAUCUCCAAGAAACAUGUAUCAAUGUCAGAUGGGCAAGCAGACUAUGGGUACUCCUGGGACAUCGCUACCCUACCGAACAGACAACAAGAUGUACCGCAUCCAGACCGGCCAGACACCUAUUGUCCGGUCUCCGCUACAUAAUGCAUACGGGUUCGAUAAUUUCCCCAACGGUAUGAAUGCUGUCGUUGCUGUGAUAUCUUAUACGGGAUAUGAUAUGGACGACGCCAUGAUUAUAAAUAAAUCGGCACAUGACCGAGGUUUCGGCCAUGGAACGAUUUAUAAGACAAAAAAAUACACUCUGAAAGAGGAGAGUCGCACAAGAACUGUGAAGAAUGUGACCAAAAUGUUCGGCUUUGCACCAGGGAGUGUGGUGAAGGCAUGGACCCAAACUAUGCUAGAUGAGGACGGUCUUCCACACGUCGGACGAAUGGUCCAAGAAGGCGAUGUCAUCUAUGCUUAUCACACAGUAUCUGCAGAUUACAGCGGCAACUUGGUCAAUCGAGAUGGUGUCACUAAAUACGAAAAGUAUAAGGACUCGGAACAAGGAUUCGUCGAAGAAGUACGCCUCAUCGGCAGUGAACAAGGCAACGAGCCUGCCCAGACAAUCUCUAUCAAAUUCCGUGUUCCUCGCGCGCCGGUCAUCGGCGACAAAUUUUCAUCCCGUCAUGGUCAAAAGGGUGUUUGUUCACAAAAAUGGCCGGCUGUCGAUAUGCCAUUUUCAGAGUCAGGCAUUCAACCAGACAUUAUCAUCAACCCUCACGCCUUCCCCUCCCGAAUGACAAUCGGUAUGUUUAUCGAGUCAUUGGCAGGAAAAUCAGGGGCGCUUCACGGACUAGCACAAGACUCGACACCUUUUAGGUUUGAUGAGGAAAAUACUGCAGCGGACUAUUUUGGCCAUCAGCUCAUGAAGGCUGGCUACAAUUACCAUGGCAAUGAACCUAUGUAUUCUGGAAUUACCGGCGAGGAACUGGCCGCCGAUAUCUACAUAGGCGUGGUGUAUUACCAACGACUACGACACAUGGUCAACGAUAAAUACCAAGUCCGAACGACAGGGCCGGUGGUUGCCACGACGGGCCAACCCAUCAAGGGCAGAAAACGAGGUGGUGGUAUUCGUGUGGGUGAAAUGGAACGAGAUGCCUUAUUAGCACAUGGUACAGCAUUCCUUCUCCAAGACCGUCUUCUCAACUGCUCGGAUUACUCUCCAUCAUGGAUCUGUCGUAGAUGUGGCUCCUUCUUGUCAGUUCAACCUACGGUAUCUCCAUUUGUAGGCAGAAAGAAGACGGUGAACAGCGUACGGUGCCGCAAUUGUGCAACACGCCUCGAUCAGAUCAGCGACGUUGAUUUAACCAAAUUGGUCGGCGAGAUAUGGGAAGAUGGCCAAGGGAACCAGUGGGUCGGAGGUGAAGAUACCACCAAAGUAGCAGUUCCCGGUGCUCUGAAGUACCUUGAUGUGGAACUGGCAGCCAUGGGUGUUAAGCUAAAGUACCGAGUUGACCCUAAGGAUGCUCCACGGAAAGGUCCGUUGAUACAAACAAAUUGGGAUAAUAUCCCUACGGGAAAGAAAGCAAGCACCCUUCCGCCUGCCAUUACGGCAGCGUAAGUCCUCAAACAUGGACUCCCCCCCAGACAAAAAAACAACGGCUUGGAUUGCAUUGGAUGGAGUUGGCGGGUUCCCGACAUUGGGCAUGGACAAUUACGGCAGUGAUAGAAAUUAAGAAAGGGUAAUUGAAUCCUAAACGAAGUUAUACCACCCGUCCUUAAGAUGUCUUGAAAGUGACAGGCCAUUACCAUAUCUCUAGAGAAACACGACUGCAGGUAGCCGACGCGACGAGCCGGUAGAUACUAGGUAGUCUCAGAUUGAUGAUAUACUACUACAUAUGUAGGUAAGCAAUAGGUACUAGUAUACUAGGUAGCGUCAACUUCGUCACGGCGGUCAUAUGUAGCCUACACAACAUUGAAUCAUGGAGCCUGUCGCGUUUGUAUGAGCGCGGCAGUCGGCAAAAGGGGCAGUCGCGAGGUCGUCCAAAGCUCGCGGUUUCCUAAAUUAAGUCCAGACCAUAAUAUGAUGUACCUACC